GCCCUGAGUGGUACCAGGAGACUCUGGGAGACGGCCGUCCUGUUAUUAUCUAUCUCCAUGGCAACGUAGGGACCAGGUGGGAUGAGAGCAGCAGGACUGAGACCCUUGAAUUGAUCCUAAUGGAGUCUAGGCCAUGAAACACAGAAUGGAACUGGUGAAGAUUUUAAGUGGUGCAGAUAAUCAUGUCUUAUCUUUAGACUACAGAGGUUUUGGAGACUCUACUGGGGAGCCAAGUGAGUCUGGAAUGACCAGUGACACCUUCUACUUGUACCAGUGGGUAAAGAAGCGAAGCAGAGGGGGUCAUGUCUAUCUGUGGGGACACUCGCUUGGUUCUGGGGUGGCGACCAAUACAGCAGCGAAAGUACAAGAACAAGGUUCUGCUGUUGAUGCUUUAAUCCUCGAAGCUCCAUACACAACAAUUCGAGAAGUCGUAGCCCUCCAUCCACUCGCUAAGAUGUACAUGUUCCUUCCUGGAUUUCAGAGCUUGCUCUGGAACAUACUGGAAAUGAACAACAUUGUAUUUGCUAAUGAUAAAAAUUUGAAGGCCCUGACCAGUCCACUUCUUAUUCUGCAUGCAGAGGAUGACAACAUUGUUCCUUAUCACAUGGGCCUGAAGCUUUACCAGAUAUCCCUCCAGGCUAAGAAAAAAUAUAACACAGAUGUUCGGGUUGAAAUGAUCUCCUACAGUGCAAAUCUUGGAUUCUCCCACAGCAGCAUCUACUUAGAUCCUAAUCUGUCAAAUGUGGUUCGGAAAUUCCUACAAAACCUGAAACAGUAAAGCUGUAGAAGAGGGUUUACUCUUUUUUUAUGUCGGCUUUCACUACUGAAGUCUUGGUUUGUACAUUUUCCAAAAUAAGGCUCCAAUAAACAAAUGUAUUUUGUCACAAAA